AUGGCGCCAGAUGAGUACUCCACUGGUGGGGGCGGUAAGCUCAAGCUCAAGGGCGGUAAAGUGAGCGAUGGGCGCGUGGAAAAGAAAAAGAAGAAGAGCCUGAAGAAGAAAGAAAAGGCCGAGCAGGAUCAACCACCCCGGGAAGAGCCAGAUGAGGGGACCAAGUCUCCACAGGAAGAUGCACCGGAGGGCUCUGCUGCGAAGACCGAGGCAGAGAGGAAAUAUGAAGAGAUAAGGCGGAAACGAUUGCAUGAGCGGCUCCAGAAGGAGGGUAUCAAGACGCACAAGGAGCGGGUCGAGGAGCUGAACAAGUAUCUCAGCCGGCUGAGUGAGCAUCACGACAUGCCUAAGAUCGGACCCGGCUAA